CGUUUUCAAGGAGGAGGUGGGCGAGGUGGACAUGUCAUGCGAGGAAGAUCAGGCCUUCCUCCUCGAGGACCACUUGGGAUUAACGCCCGACCAUCUGCACGCAUUAUUGCUAAGGCAAGGCCAAAACUGUCGCUAUAUUUUUGUUCAUGGUCAGAUUCCUGAAUAAAGUAGAAAACUGAAUGAGGAGAGCACCCCCAAGGUUGUAUUAUAUGGAGGGGCAGUAAUAACAGUGAAGUUUAUUACCACUAAUGGGGCUUUGUUGGCUAGAGCAUCUCAUUGAUCAUGUGGAGGGGCAGAAUUAACUUUGGUAUUUUGAUGAAUACUUUGUUGGGUAGAGCACCUCCAAGCUUUCAUUUAUGGAGUGGCAGAAGUAACUACGGUGAACACCUCUAAUGGAAACUUUGAAGGAUAUCAUCUGUUCAUCAAACACAUGGAAGGAAAUAAAUGAAAAAAGGAAAUUUCUGGAGUUCUUGCAAUUUUACCUGUGUUGUAUGAGGCACUGAAGAAAAGAGUCUCCACUGGUUCUCUCGAUAUGUUCGAAACAUUAUGGAGUUCCGCAGUUGAUGUGUAUGAUACAUGAAACAAGGAUUUUGGAACUGCAAUAUACCGGCUCUUCAGACAGUUCUGGACUCUACUCCAGUGGCGUGCUUCUAGGCUGUCUCCAGAGCAAGAGCUUGAGCCAUUUAACAUAUCUGGCUUUUGAUAUUGUCUUUUAGCCGAACCAAAGACAUGACCUGGAGACCUGAUCUGUUCAGUGACAGUAUGGCGGCUAGUGGAAUAGAAACUGGUACAAAGUUGUACAUUUCAAACUUGGACUAUCGUGUUUCCAAUGAGGAUAUAAAGGAGCUGUUUUCAGAAGUUGGUCACUUGAAACGAUUUGCUGUUCACUUUGAUGGUUAUGGUCGCCAAAAUGGUACAGCUGAGGUGGUGUUUACAAGGAGGAGUGAUGCAGUUGCUGCAUUGAAACGUUAUAAUAAUGUUCUACUUGAUGGAAAAGCUAUGAAGAUUGAAGUUAUUGGAAGUGACUUAGGUUUGCCUAUGACACCUCGUAUAAAUGUUGUCGGGGCUUCUAAUGGCAGACCUACCAGAACAGUUGUUAUGACGCCUGAAGCGGGUCGACGUGGUGGAGGUUCCAGCAACAGGCCUUUGAGUAAUCCCACCAACAGAUUUAAUCGUGGUGCUUUCCAAACUGGCCGAGGCCGAGGCAGGGGCCGUACUUCGUUCCAGGCCCCGUUCCAGACCCAGUUCCAGGGCCGAGGCAGGGGCCGUGGUCAAUUGCGGGGCCGCGGCCGGGGAAGGAAGCAAGCAGAGAAGACUGCAGAUGAAUUGGACAAAGACCUGGAAUCCUAUCAUGCCGAGUCGAUGAAGACCGACUGAUUGCUGCAAGUUAGUAAUGGUGGUGGCUUUGGCAUGGGUGCUGCGCUUUGCAUGUGCUGCAAGAUUAUCCCAUGAUCGGAUGUACCAGUUUGUGUUAUAGUUUUUAUUGGAGCAGAUCUAUCUUUCCAUGCUGGUAUCCAAAACCAACUCCACCUCUAGUAGUUUAUCUGCAAUUUGCCUUAGAUUUAAAUUUGGUGUAUGGUUGCCAUAGAGAUUAUCGUGUUAACUAGAAGUAGCAAGCAAGCUAGAAGUGAUAUUUUGAGUUUUCAAUGACUGUUUAUCAUGCAAAGAAAUAAACAAAUUUCGAUUAACAAAUUGUUGAAUUUGUGGUCUAUGUUA